GGUCAAACUGCCCCGUUUUUAGCCACCCCCCCAGGGAUGCUCAAAGUGGUCCAGACCUUCCUCUCCCUCCUCCUCCUCAGUUUGGCAGCAGAACAAGGGGCUGGGAAAGGUCCUGAGGGUUGGAAAUGGUGCCUGGGGAUCUAUUGUGUCUCCUUCGUUUUGGGGGUGUCGGUGGUUUUGGGGUGCCUGGGGGGGUGGUUGGGGGUCUAUGCAGGGUUGGGGGUCGUGGCUUAUGGGGCUGCUGCUGUUUUGUGGCCCCUCUACGGGUUCCGGGAGGAGAUGGGGGGGCAGGAGAGGAGACCCCCCGGGUGCCCCCCCUCGUGCCCCUGGGACAGGAGGGUGUUGGUGGCUUUGGGGACGGCCCUGAACUUGGUGGCUUAUGGGGUGGAUUUGGUGCAGACGGGGAGGCUGGUGCUGCUGAGGGG